AUGGCCAAGGAAACGAAGGAGAAGCUCGUGGACUUGGAGGCGAAGAUGACGAGCCUAGGCGAAGGGUUGGAGGCUACCAACGCAUCCAUGACAGACAACCUCACGCACCUCGAGAGGUCGUUCCAUUAUUCACAACAAGCCAUGAUGGACGCCAUGAACCAAAGGAUCGACGAGGUCCUACGCUUCGUUCGGCAACCACCGCCACGGGUCGACCAAGGGCGCGAUCACGGGAGUACGAACGCGAGCGACCGGAGUAAGAGGAGAGAGAGGACGACUUCGAUUGUCGAUCUCACGCCUCGACCAACGUAG